CAAUGCAGUGACGUUUCGCAAUUCGUAUUGGAAAAACUUUUAUAGUGAUUUCGUAUCUACCUUAUUUCUAAAAUGAAUUUUCAAAGGUCUGAACCCGUGGUGAAAUAAUGUAAAUGUGAUAAUUUGUUAAUUUAUUAAGUUGGUGUAUAGUGAAUCUGAAAAAAUGACGACAAAAGAAUUAUACACCAAGGAUGCCAGGGUUUGGGUGGAGCAUCCCGUCAAAGUAUGGGAAGGAGCCACCGUAACUUCAGACUAUCGUUCUGGAGUGCUUAUUGUGAAGAUCGAUCAGACUGGAGAAAUAAGACAGAUUAAGAUUAAAGAUGAAAAUCAAAUGCCACCUUUACGCAACCCUUCACUUUUGAUUGGAGAAAAUGACCUCACAUCCCUGUCAUAUUUACACGAACCAGCUGUACUGCACAAUCUUAAAGUCAGAUUUUGCGACAGAAAUGCAAUUUACACGUACUGCGGAAUCGUGCUCGUCGCGAUUAACCCUUACUAUGACCUGCCUAUUUAUGGCGAUGAAACGAUAAUGAUGUAUCGAGGCCAGGCUAUGGGAGACCUGGACCCUCAUAUAUUCGCCGUCUCAGAGGAGGCGUACACGAAACUAGAGAGGGAAAGGCGAGAUCAAAGUAUUAUUGUAAGUGGAGAGUCAGGUGCGGGUAAGACAGUAUCAGCUAAAUACGCGAUGAGGUAUUUCGCAGCUGUCGGCGGUAAUGCCAGUGAGACACAAGUUGAACGGAAAGUCCUAGCCUCCAGUCCUAUUAUGGAGUCAAUCGGCAACGCGAAGACUACCCGUAACGACAACUCGUCCCGCUUCGGUAAAUUCAUUGAGAUCCACUUCGAUGAGUUUUACCGUAUUUCUGGCGCUAGUAUGAGGACUUACUUGCUGGAGAAGUCACGUGUCGUGUACCAGAGCGCCGGCGAGAGGAAUUAUCAUAUAUUCUACCAGCUCUGUGCAGCCAGUGUUAAUAUGCCUGAACUACAAUUAGACCACCAGGAUUCAUUUCAAUACCUGAACCAAGGAGGCAGCCCCAACAUUGAUGGAGUGGAUGAUCUCAGAACGUUCAACGAGACCAGAAACGCUCUUACUACCUUAGGUGUGUCGGAGACGGAGCAGGCGAACAUGUUCACUGUGCUGGCGACUGUCUUGCACCUGGGGAACAUCCAGCUGUACGACUGCGACCCUGACGCUGGUCCGCAAGAGGAUGGUGCUGACGGUGCUCAUAUCAGUUCAAAUGACAAACACUUGCACAUAGUGUGCUCGCUACUGGGCAUAUCUAAAGCGGAGUUGUCCCGCUGGCUGACGCACCGGCGCAUCGCGUCCGCGCACGAGGUCAUCGUGUCGCGUAUGGACGUGCAGCGCGCGGCGUUCGCACGCGACGCGCUCGCCAAGCGAAUGUACGGCGAACUGUUCGCCUGGCUCGUGCGUGCGGUCAACCGCGCGCUCGACACCGGACAUGCUAAGAAACAUUUCAUUGGUGUCCUGGACAUUUACGGUUUCGAAACGUUCGAGAUAAACUCGUUCGAGCAGUUUUGCAUCAACUACGCCAAUGAAAAACUGCAGCAACAAUUCAACUCGCACGUCUUCAAAUUGGAACAGGACGAAUACAUAAAGGAAGAGAUAUCUUGGAAGAUGAUCGACUUCUACGACAACCAGCCGUGCAUUGACCUGAUAGAGGAGCGUCUGGGCGUGCUGGCGCUGCUGGACGAGGAGUGCCGCGUGCCGCAGGGCUCCGACGCCGGCUUCGUCGCCAAGCUGCACCAGAACUGCACCAAGUACCCGCACUUUAUGAAGCCCAGGUUCGGCAACGCCGCAUUCAUAAUAAAGCACUUCGCGGACAACGUGGAGUACCAAUGCGGGGGUUUCUUGGAGAAGAACCGCGACACGGUGUCGGAGGAGCAGCUGGAGUGCAUCAAGUCGGCCACCAGCUGCCGCCUCAUACACACCAUGUUCGCGGAGGAGCGCGCGGAGCACGCCACCGCCACGCUGCCCCCGCCCUCGCGCCGCAGGACCACGCCUUCCCUACAUAUCGCCAGUUUAACGCAACCGCCGCGUCGAGCAUCAGGUCAGAAGCAGACAGUGGGUGCUCAGUUCCGAGCCUCGCUGUCAGCGCUGAUGAGCACGCUGUCGGCCACCACUCCUCACUAUGUGCGCUGCAUCAAGCCCAACGACACUAAGCAGCCGUUCAGCUUCGACCCAGCACGCGCUGUACACCAGCUCAGUUUCUUCCAUAGAUAUCGACUUCUAUGUCUACAUAAAGAUGUUGACCGCACUAACAUCAAAGCGACGUGUGGAAAAAUAUUAAAAAAACAUCUAAAAGAUCCCGAUAAAUAUCAGUUUGGUGCUACUAAGAUAUUUUUCAGAGCAGGACAGGUAGCGUACUUGGAGAAGAUCCGCGCGGAGAUCCAGCGGCUGUACUGCGUGCGCGUGCAGAGCUGCGUGCGGCGCUUCGUGGCGCGCCGCCGCUACCUGCGCCUGCUGGCCGCCAUACGGGGCCUGCAGGCGCACGCCAGGGGGUACCUCGCCAGAAGACGUGUACAAGAAGUGCGUCGUAACCGCGCGGCUAUCAAGAUCCAGCGCAACGUGCGCGGCUGGCUGGCGCGCCGCACGUUCCAGCGGCUGCGGCGGCUGGCCACUGGCUUGCAGGCGCACGCGCGCGGCUACCUCGCCCGCAGGCUGUACCGCGACCGGCGCAGGGUGCUCGCGGUUAUUACUAUACAACGCUACGCGCGCGGUUAUCUCGCGAGAAAACGGGUAAAGAAGAUGAAGAGACAAAUCGUCAUAGCACAAGCCGCUAUCCGUCGUUUCCUAGCUCGUCGUCAGUACAAGCGGCUGCGUAUCGAGGCUCGCAGUCUAGAUCAUGUGAAGAGUUUGAACAAGGGUCUGGAGAACAAGAUCAUCAGCCUGCAGCAGAGGCUGGGGGAUGUGGUGGAGCGCGCCAAGUGUAUAGAGCCCCUGCAAGCGCAGAUUGCUGACCUCAAGGCUAAACUGGAAGCACUAAAACUAGUGGAGAUCGAAGCUAAAACACUACGAGUAGGUAUACAUGAGAGGGACAGCCUGAUAGCCUCGUUGGAGACGGAGUUGAAGUCAGAGCGAGAUAGCAACAAGCGGUUGGUGGAGGAGAAGAAUGAAGUUGAGAACAAAUACAAUAAACACAAAGAUAGUUGGCUGCAGGAGAGCAAUAAACUCGCUGAGGAACUUAAAACUUCGAAGGAAUGCUAUGAAAUGGCUAUUGAAGGUAACAAGUGCUAUAAAAUAAUGGGUGCAUUUCCUGAGCCGAUUGUUAAGGAAGCAGAGGAAGCGACAACUAAACAUGUUGAUCCUACAACUUGGUCUAAAGAAUUUGCCGCUAGGGCACAGUUCUGGAAAGAGCAAAACAAACAGCACGAGGCGGAGAAGCGCGCGCUGUGCGCCGAGCUGGAGGCGGAGCGGCAGAGCCGGCAGAAGCUGCUCUCCUCGCAGUACGAGCUGCAGGAGAGGCUGGACACCAUGCAGAGGGCACCAGCAACCAAAGAACACAGAAGAUCGCUUUCCGACGCCAGCAAUGCUUCCCAACAAGAAACUACCGUUGAAGAUGACUACGGGUACGGGUCUGUGCGGUCCGUGGAGACGUCGCGGCCAGCGCUGGAGGCAGUCAACUGGUCUGCUGGACAACACAAUGGCCCUGCGCCCCCUAUUGCUGACGCUGGACUGGUGCUCCGAAUGCAGAACAGAAUAUCAGCGUUGCAGAGCGAUUUGUCUAGAACAUCCAAACGUGCUAACGACUUGGAGGAACGACUUAUGAAUCGUCUAUCCUCGCCGCCCAGCAACCCCAACGUGGACAGGUUCAAGGUGGAGGAGUUGGAGAUCGAGAACAAGAAGUUACGCGAACACCUCGACAGGCUGCGAGCCUCCACUGACAGUGUGCUUAUCUCCAAGGAAGUUAUUGAUCAAAUGAGUACAAUGCAAAAGGAACUGGACAGGAGACGAGACGAAUGUAUACAGUUGAAGAGCGUUCUUACUACUCAGACGGUAAAUCUAAAGUCGCUUGCAACAUCUAACUACGGUUCCGAUGUGGACAUUAUCAAUGAAGAUGGAGAAUUGGCUUCCGCAUAUGAAGCUCAGAAAGAUAUUAACAGACAAUUACAAGAAGAGUUGAUUGCAGAGAAGAAAUUCUAUUCCGAACAUAUAUCGAAAGCGAAAGCUGAGAUAGAAAGGUUACGUGAAGAAACCGACAAGUACUCCAAGUUACUAAGUGAUUUGAGCCAAGAACCCAAGAAUAAGAGUCUGGAAUACGCCCAAAAUGAGAUCAUACGACUAACAACUGAGUAUCUUGCGUUACAGGAACGUGUCGAUAAACUGUCCGAGAGCUGUCGUCGGUACAAGAACCAGAUCAGAUUGUUGGCUAACAGACUUAAAGAGGCCGGAAUUGAAGAUGUCAAUGAUAUAUUAGAAGGCAAUGUAACUCUGGUAGACACUUCAGUGGCUCAGCAGUCGAUGUCAAUGAUAGAGAUGGCGCCUGUAACGCGUAAGAAAGAGAGAGAAUAUCUCGGCAUGUUUGAAUACAAAAUUCAAGACGAACCUACUAUUAUCAAGAAACUUAUCAUCGAUUUGAAGCCACGAGUCGCAGUGACUCUAUUGCCGGGUCUACCGGCGUACAUCUUGUUCAUGAUGCUGCGUCACAUGGACCACGUGGACGACGAGCCUAAGAUGCACCAGCUGAUGAAGGCAGUCCGCACUGGAGUCAAGAAGACCUUGAAGAAACGUACAGACAGUGUAGAGUAUAAUGCACUCUGGCUGUCUAACAUGUUACGGCUGUUGAACAACCUGCGCCAGUACAGCGGCGACGCGAUCUACCAGGGCUCCAACACUCCGCGGCAGAACCAGCAGUGCCUGCGCAUCUUCGACCUCUCCGAGUACCGCCAGGUGCUCAGCGACAUCGCCGUCUGGAUCUACCAAGCGCUGGUGCAUCUCCUGGAGCGUCAGCUGGAGCGGCUGAUCCUGCCGGCGAUCCUGGAGUACGAGGAGAUCAACGUGCACUCGCGGCCCGCGCGCGCCGCGCCCGCCGCCACGCCGCCCGGCCCCGCGCGCCUCAUACACGAGCUGGCCGCCGUGCGCGACCAUCUGCGCACCUACAACGUCGACACCACGCUCACACUCACUAUAUUCAAACAGUUGUUCUACUACAUCUGCGCGUACAGCUUGAACCAGCUGUUGCUGCGCAAGGACCUGUGCUGCUGGGCCAAGGGUCUGCAGAUCCGGUACAACAUCUCGCAUCUAGAGAUCUGGAUUAAGGAGCAUCUCGCAGAGUACGGACAGAAGAGUGUGGAGGAGAUCCUGGGCGUGCUGAAGCCGAUCACGCAGGCGGUGCAGCUGCUGCAGGCGCGCAAGUCCAUGAGCGACGUCGACAGCACCGUCGACAUGUGCGCCGACCUCACCGCCAUGCAAGUCUGCAAGAUCCUGAACAUGUACACGCCGGCGGAGGAGUACGAGGUGAAGGUGACGAGGGAUUUCAUCCACGAGAUCCAGAAGAAGAUGCAGGAGCGCGCCGGACCGAAGACCACAAAGGAACCUCAAAAUCUACUAAUGGACACGAAGAUGAUAUACUCAGUCCAGUUUCCAUUCAACCCGUCCCCCAUCAGGCUGGAAGAUAUCGAGGUGCCUGAAGUUCUGGAGCUGGACGGACUGCUCACUAAGAUAUAAAUUAUUUUACACAUAUGUAGACCUACAAAUGUUGCCAUUUAUAUUAUAACUAGCUGUUCCCCGCGACUUUGUCUGCGGAUAAUUGAAAAGCCCAUGUUACUUAAUGAUAGAGUAGGUUUUUAAUGGUGUAUGAAUUUUUGAAAUCGGCCCAGUAUUUUUUGAGUUAUUUCAAUAUUUACAGAACUCCAAAAAUACUUUUCUCUUUAUAAUAUUAGUAUAUAUUUCGAAGGUAUAGACUUACCGAGAAUAUAAAAAUCCAUAUUGCGGGAAAUUAUAAAGAUUGAAGAACAUUUAAAAGUAAUAAUUUGAUUAUUUGAAUUAUAUUAAAAAUUCUAACUGUUACUUCUUUUACACACUUAUAUUAAGGGCUUAUCCCAUCAAAUUGUAAAUUGUCUGAUCCAACGUGUAAAAUAUGUGAUGGAAAUAUAGGAUUCUGUUACCUUAUGACAGUGCCGUCAUUUUCUUAUCUGACAGUGACGUCAUUCUAAGCUAUCUGAGCCUCUAUCAGCUAGUAGUGGGAAAAGCCUUUUUUUUUACUUUCAUAUUUUUUGAUGCUUUUUCACAGCAUUUGUAGGUCUAUAUAUUAUAUUUAUUAUUUAUAAAAGGUACUUACAUUCCGAUAUAACGAAGUCUUGCCCUCAGCAUUUGUUAUAUAUUUAUAUGAAAUUCCUUUUAUUUGCCAUAUAUCAGUAUAGUGUGCCAUUAUUUAUUAUGUUGUACAAAGUUAUUAACAAUAGUUGUUUUGUUAUUUGUUGAGAUCCAGUGAGAACGGAAUUAUGAAGUACAAGAUGUCAUAAUAACCAAGAAUUAAUAAAAUAUGCUACUAGAGAAAGUACUGUACUUGUUUAAGUUGGCACGUAUUGUAGUAGUGUACACUUAUUAAUGGCGUGCCAACUGAAUUACUAGCUACUUCACUUACAUAGAUGUUUAAUGCAUAAUACUCUAUGAAUAAUAUUAAUCGAAUUCACUUUCUUAAAAAAACUUUCUUCUUUAGUCACUAGCUUUAAAAAAUAACUAAUUCUUUUCUUUUAAUAUCUAUUUUAAUUAAUUUAUUUUAAUAACUCAAUUUUUUUAACUCUAGUAGCGAUUUUACAACAAUUCCUUACACUAUUUCGUUUAUAAAAUAAUUACAAAUAUCUAUAUAUCAAAUUCUAAUAUUUUCCAUUGUUGAACAUUUGCAAAUGUGUACUGCCUCACUAAGCGUAGUUUAAUUGUCACUUACCAUUUUUAGUGUAGAUUUCUCAUCAAAAUCUACACUUAAGGACAAUCUUGGUGAUUAUUAUACAAUUCUGAGUGCGGCAUUUAAAUUAAGCUCUCAUUGUUAUUAAGUCAAUGAAAAUAUUUAAUAUUUAUGGUUAUAUUGUUUUAAUGAAAAAUGUUUUUUU